UUGCGACAAAAAUGGCUACCUUCAGUAGUCGAUCAUGCCUCCAGUAUUUAUUCCAUCUUGCCCAAGAUAAUCUGGACUUCAGGUUACCGGAAAUCAAAGCUCUCCUGGCUCUCAGAGGAAAACCAUUUCGUCCCUGUGAAAACAUAAGAGAAAAGUCUCCUUUCUGGUGUCUGGAUGGUUUGUCUGAGGAAGAUGCCCGCAGCAUCAUGGCCAGAUCUGUGUGUGCAAAGUCUGCUUUUGAGCUGUGGGGCCACGGACGGACACACAGUGAUCUCAGAACAUCCCUCCUGAACUUCCCCUCAGAGAACAUGAGUCCAUUCAUGCACAGAGACUCCACAUACAGAAUCAAUGUCUAUACUUUCAACAAAACUUUGCUGUUUGCAGAUAGAAUCAGUAGGAUUGAUGCUCUGGAGUAUCUUCCCUUUGAGGGUACAGUAAGUCUUAAGAAUCCUCAGCACAUCUUCUGCUUAUUGGAGGAUUAUGGCACAGACCCCAAUAAUAUCCCUGAGCAUCCUGACUACAUCUAUUUUGGUAGAUGGAUUGCGGACGGUCAACGUGAACUGAUUCGCUCCCAUAGUGUGAAGAACAGACACUUCAUUGGAAACACCAGCAUGGACGCUGGCCUCUCAUUCAUCAUGGCCAACCAUGCUAAGGUCAAACAGAACGACCUGGUUUUUGACCCAUUUGUAGGCACUGGUAGCCUGCUGGUUGCAUGUUCUCAUUUUGGAGCUUAUGUUUGCGGAACUGAUAUCGAUUACAACACUAUUCACGGGAAAGGUCGGUCGAGCCGUAAGAACCAAAAAUGGCGAGGGCCCGAUGAGAACAUCAGAGCCAACCUGCGGCAGUACGGGACAGAGAGGAUGUACGUGGACGUGAUGGUGUCUGAUGCAUCCAAGCCUGUGUGGAGGGAGGCUGCUCUGUUCAAUGCUAUCAUUACUGACCCACCUUAUGGAAUCCGUGAGGCCACGAGGAGAACAGGUUCCCACAAGGACAUUACUAAACCUGCUGAUGGAGUCUAUGAAGAGUCUCACGUCCCAGUCUCACAGGCGUACCACCUGAGUGACAUCUUCACAGAUCUGUUAAACUUCUCUGCCCACCACCUGGUCAUGGGUGGGAGGCUCGUCUACUGGCUGCCCGUCUACAGGCCAGAGUACUGUGAGGAGAUGGUUCCUCUUCAUCCAUGUCUCCAGCUCAUCAGCAACUGUGAGCAGACGCUCUCAAGCCACACUUCAAGACGUCUGAUCACCAUGGAAAAGAUCAAAGAGCCAGAGGAAUUAGAUUGCCUGGCUCAGCUAUCAGAUUCACGCUUCAGCCCCUACCAGGGUCACAAUGCCUUCAGAGAGAAGUAUUUCAGUGGACUUAACAAAAAGUGCGCCAAGGAGAACAACAAAUCUGAUGUCAGUGGGGACUGAAGAAAUCAAUGGGAUGAAGAUCAGCAAAUCUCUGAUUUAAAAGAGAACUUUUUAAUCAGAACAUUGUUGGCGGUGCUUUCAAAGGGAAAAGAAGUUGCCUAAUUUUUAAAUCCAUUUGUUUUUAUUUCUUUGCAAAUAAACCAAAAACUUUGUA